AGCAAUUUUGCGGGAAAUACAAGCGCCUAUUUUCGAAGUAAACAAAGCAAUUUCCGCCUUAUUUCAGGAAAACAUCGGUUUUAACCAUGCUGAGCGUUAAAGGAUUGUCCUUAGAAAAUGUGCAGCCAACACCAAAGAGACAGCCUAGAGCUAAGAAACCGUUUACGGUAGCAGUCGAAGGCAACAUAGGCAGUGGAAAGUCUACAUGUCUGGAAUACUUCCACAAACAGAAGGAAGUUGAAGUCGUCCCGGAGCCAGUAUUCAAGUGGAAGGAUGUGAAAGGCUACAACACACUGGAGUUGAUGUACAAGGAUGCGUCCCGCUGGAGUCUUGCCUUCCAGUCGUAUGUACAGCUAACCAUGGCUGAGGUUCAUAGGAAGGAAACAACAUGCCCAGUGAAGAUGAUAGAGAGGUCGCUGUACAGUGCACGUUACUGCUUUGUAGAGAACCUCUAUAAAGGGGGUUUGAUGCCGGAAAUAGACUAUGCCAUCCUGUCAGAGUGGUAUGACUGGAUCCAGGAGAAUGAAGAUAUGCAUAUUGAUCUCAUAGUGUACCUGCAAGCCUCCUCUCCCACCUGCCAGUCACGAAUCAAGAAGAGAAAUCGACAUGAAGAGCAGGCUGUUCCUAUCGAAUACCUUGAUUCCUUGAAUUCUCUACACGAAGAUUGGCUGAUUAAGCAGAGCAAGUUUAAGACGCCCUGUCCUGUAUUGAUAAUCAAUACAGAUUGUGGUAUGGAUGACAUGUAUAGGAAGUUUGAAUUACACCGGGAUGAGAUUCUACAAAUAAACAAGGAAAACUGAUGAAUGUAAUUGAAUAGGAUCUUGAUACAUUUUGUUUGUGUUGAACACUGUGCUUAUAUUCACCUGUAUAUAAUAAAAUCAUUAUUUGUGUGGAUAAGACCAAUGUUGGUUGGUUGAUAAUAUUUCAUUGUUUAAGUAUACUCUAUUAUGUAUAUCCCCGUUUAUGAAUUUUACAAUCUUAAUGUAGUCCGUAAGUUGGGUCAUGUUUUAAGUGGGAUGAUUAUUUAUUUUUGUAUCCCAAUCACGCCAUCACAGGACUGCAAAAACAAUUUGACCGUUGUUAGACAUAUAUCCUAUAUGGUUUAAGUUUUCACAAACAAAGAUUUACUGCAACUAACAAUUUGCCAACUCCUGAGGGUCCCAGUAAUAUGCUUUAAAGGGACUAGACACCAGAGGAUACAAAUUUGCAAGAAGAAAAAAAAAAUUGUCAAAAACUUACAUAAAAUUGAUAUCGCUGUGUACAACACAUUGAAUUUUAAUGACUGAUAUAUCACCUCGCUUACAACAAAUGUAUCUUUCGAGGUUUUUGUGUAUUUUUCCAAAUCGAAAAUUUACUGGGUUUACCACGUAAAUCCCAGUUUAAAAAUAGGGUGGGUAAUUUAUCUGUAUUCUUAAACAGAUAUGAUUUCAACAGGAAAACACAGAUGAGACAGCAACAUGAUUGUUUCCUUUAUUCUUGUAAUCAUGUAAAAUGAUGUAUCCCAAAUUGACAAUUCUAGGCUUGUUUUGAGGAAAUUCUGUAUUUGCUGAUUUUUGAACAAUCUGGUGUCUGGUCCCUUCAUGGAUGAAGUAAUAUAUCAAACUAUUUUAAAUCAGUUUACUCUUCAACCAUUUAUGCUAUCUAUUGGAUUAUCUGACUGAUAUUUUAACUGUUGUGCAAUUACAGUGCAGGUGUAACUGGGAACAUAAAUGAAGGUCAAUGCUUGUGAACUUACAUAAAUAAUGUUUUGAAUGUGAAUACAUGUGAACAUACUUGUAUGUGAAUGCUUGUGAAUAUACAUGAAUUGUGAAUACAUGUGAACAUACAUGUAUAUGAACGCUUGUGAAUAUACAUGCAUAUGAAUGCGUGUGAACAUACGUGAAUGUGUGUGAACACACGUGAAUGCUUGCGAACAUACCUGAAUGUGAAUACUUGUUAAAGUAUUUUAGUACAUUAUUAAGAAGAAUGUUAAGCGCAAUGUCUUGAUUUAAAACUCAAAGAGAAUACUCCAACAUCAACCUCUAUCCAGAAGUAGUUCAGUUUAAGUUAAAUGCACUUUGCAUAGACACAAUGAGGUGUCAAGUCCUGAUCAGCUGAUGAAACCGAGACAUUUAUAGUGUCAGUACUUGUUUUACAUCUGUUUUAGAUCUGAUAAGAUAAAUGUAUUGUUAUAUAUUUAGGGUUUACUCUAGUUUCAAGUCAUGCUCUCAGAUGAUGUGUAAAGUCAUUAUGAUAAUAUCAUUCGUUCAUUUCGUAACUUCACAGGAUUUUAAAGAUAUCAUAAUUUUAACACUAUUGAUAUGUAUCAUGUCAUAUGCAUGUAUGAGCUUUUUAUUGACCCUGUUUUAAAUGAUGUUUUAACCAUGUCUCAAUUAUAGAUAUAAACUUAUAAUAUGUAUAUUUUACACCGACAUUUAAAUAACUCUUAUGGUGAUAGUUUUAUAUGUCAUUGAAAUAAAUUUG